CACAAAUUUAAUAUUUAUUGAAGUAUGUAAUGUAUAUUAUGAAAUAUUGCUGUUUUUGUGGUAGUUAUAAAUAAUUACAAUUUACAGUACAAAUUAGCUAAUAAAUAUUAUGUAGUUGAGGAAAACUAUUAAAACAGAGACUAAGAUAUGACGAAUCACAUAAAUAAUGUGUUAAAACAAGCUAUCACAACAUUCACCUGCAAGCCUGAAGUGUUCUCUUUAAAUCUUCAUUCCCUUAUUUCGCUGUUAGAUAAAACGACCGCCGAAGAUGUGAAUUUUCCUUUCGAGUUUACCAAGGAAAGGGUAUGGAAACAACCCCGUAAAGCACCUGUUACUUGUAUAGAUAUAUUCGAAAAUUCUCACGUUACCAUGGGCAUCUUUAUCCUUAAACCGGGUGGUCGACUGCCACUGCACAACCACCCUGAAAUGUAUGGUUUGAUAAAAGUGAUUGCAGGAAAAGUUAAAAUAACAAGUUAUUCUUUAAAUACAGAAAGAACUUUAGAAAUAGAUAGAAGAAGUUUUAAGGGUGAAUCUGCUCCACCAAUUAGUUUUGGUCAUAAACAAUUGCUCACAGCAGAGCUUAGUUCUAGUGAAAUUGUGGAUACUACUAGUACAACUUGUAUGUUGGAACCGAACAGGAAGAAUUUACAUGAAAUUGAAAGUAUUGAUGGUCCAGCGGCAUUCCUAGAUAUUUUGGCACCUCCUUAUGGCACAAUUAUUCCAAAUGUGGGCCCUAGAUUGUGUUCCUAUUAUGCUGUCCUAAGCCAGAUCUCGUCAAAUAUAUUCCGCUUGCAAGAAAUCAGGUCUCCUUCAUGGUAUUGGACUGAUGCUUUUCCAUAUUCAGGUCCAGAAUUAGUUUUGUAAAUUUCAAAAUUUGUUGUUUAAUGUUCAUAACACUUUAAGUAAGAUAAGUUGAUAAUUUCAUGUUUUUUUACACCUUGCUAAGAUUUAAAAUUACAAAUGUAAUUUGAAGUGUUUAUGAUUUGAGUGGGUAUUGAUGUAUUGGUAAUAUUUUAUGAUAUGCAAAAUGUCAGCUUUAUUCAAUUUUUAUAACUGGUUAAUGUUUGAAACACUAAGGUCUAUAUUUCAAAUUUACUAAGUCAGUACAUAUUUUGUUUCUAAAAAAUUGGUCUUUGGCAUCUUGGCUCUCCUUUUCCUGUAAAUAUUAUGUAAAAUAUAAUUUAUUUCUAAAAAUUUGUUUGACUCGUAAUUAUAUAGGUAAAUAAUUCAGAUAUCCUGGCCUGAUUUAAACAAUUCUGCAAUAGGUACAACAAAUUUGUAGUUAAAUAAAAAAUUUGUGUAUAAAAUUUUGAUUUGUAGUAAUUUGGAUUCAAUUUGCUUAAAAUAAGACUAGAUAAAAUUGAAUUUAUUUUAUUGGUGAAAUAUCAUUUAUUAUUAAUUUGUUUUGAAAUACCAAUUUCAGGUUAUUACUAGAAAACAAUGUUAUAACAAUUCACAUUGAUAAUAUCAAUAACUUCAUUGUUGUUAGUAAACAUGUUUUUCUCACAUUAUCAAUACAUUAUCAUCAAUAUAUUAUCAUUCUAUUAAUGAUU